GCUCUAACAUUCCUUCAUUCAGAACUGCCAUCAUGCCCCGCGAAGAAAGUGAAUCUCCACUAUUGGUCUACGAAGAUCCGAGACAUACGCCGUACACGCCGUUCAAGUAUGCCAGAAAGGACGAGGAAGAGAGAAGCUCCGGAGGAGGAAAAUCGCCGCCCAAGAAAGCCCCAAAAGCCCAGGAUCGCAUGUCACUCCGCGACAAAUUUGAGGCUGCCCCCACCACCAAGAAACGCAAGACGGCUCAAGACCCAGCCGAUGAGCUCUUACAAGCCAUCAAGCCACUCUUCAACCAAGUCAAAAAGGAAAUGGCCGAUCAACUGGCUGAUCAGCUCGGGAGAUUCAACGAGCAACUCGACAUGGCGGUCAACUCCUUCAGCGACGAGAUAGUGAAGCUGAAGGCGGAUCACGCCUUGGCCGAAAAGAAUGUGGAUACUUAUGCCCAAAAGGUCUCAGGAAUGUUCCAGCGCGCGGACAUGAUGUCUGCCAACGUCCAGGAGCAGCGAACUCAACAAGCCGAGGACAAUCGUAUGGCCUCCAAAGCGAGAGACAGGAUCAUUUACGACAUCGCUCAGGUCGCCACCAACAUGAAGACGAUGAGCGAAACCAUCGCCAAAAUCGACGCUCGUGAGGAACAGGCUGCCCAAAAGCAAGCCGAGCGCCACACCCCACAAGGAGGACAGGGAUCGUUGGAGCCAGCGCUGAAGUGCCCACUGUGCAAGCGUCAUCACGCUCCGGAAAACUGCACCAUUAUAAGAAAUGGACUCGAUCGUCGCGAGGAAGCCGAAAAGAUCAAAAUGUGCAUUCAAUGCCUCGAAGUCGGCGUGACAAAUGACGAUUGGGUCCACGAAGGCUGCCCAAAGGAGAAGGAGCAGUGCACCAGAUGCACCAAAUACAUGAAGCCAGGAGAAAUCGCCCAGACUCACCACAACGCCACAUUCUGCCUAAUGCUCACCUCGAAGCAGUACAAGCUCGAGCGCAAGGGAUCCCCAUCCGAUCGUGAUUACUCGCCAAAAGGCCGCAGAGGACCAAUUCGUUCCCGCCACAACCGCUAUGGAGGCUGAGGACGCCGCAGAGACAGCUACCAUUAAGCUUCUGCAUACUCGCUGCCCCCUCCUCAUUAUCAUUCCCGUUGUUGGAUUAAACCCGUUGUUAUUGUGGCCAA